AUGCUCCUUCGCCCACUUCACCCUGGUGACUCGAUUCUUUUCGCCAAAAUCGCGGUUUUCACUGCGUCUUCCCACGAUUCAGCGGCAUUGCAGAUCGUUUCACGGUCGAGACGGAUGGCGGAAGAUGGCGAAUUGCGAGAAAACUUCCGUCUGAUCGCAGGCGGUCAGUCUUGGAUUGUCUAGACGUCUUCAAACGUUUUACCACCAUCUACGGCUCAAUGACACGUGGUCUUUUCAGUGCGUUGGCUCCACCAGUGCCAUCUUGAGCUCUCUGACGUUUCAGGAAACUGAGAAAUGCACGCCUCUGUCGCCGAGCAUCUCUGCCAACGUCAUCAUCGGUCAGUCCAUCGACGACCACAACGCUGCUUUUCGUCGUUAUCAGUCAAAUCUCCCAGAGGUUCAUGUCAUGGCUGAAAACAUGCACAAAACAUAUGGCAGCACUAAAACGACUAUAAACAUUUAAAUAAAAUAAAGCAUAUGUUACGUGAUUGAAUUCAUUCCUAAAACGCGUCGCAGUGACUGCGGACAUGUAUACCGUAUAUGUUUUAAAGUAUAUUUUACAUAAUCUGAAAGUUAUAUAUAAAUCGGAUAAGUACUCGCUGAGAUAUCCUCAAAAACCAAAACUUAAUUAUACUUUUUGAGCGGUACUGUAUGUGAAAAGAAAAGCUGAUCGCUAUCGAAAGCUAGUACGGGCGAGCGCAGGCGAUGGUCGCGUCGACAAUGCGACGCGAGUUCCUUUCUAA